AUGGACGACGAACGUCUCAGCGACGAUCUAGCCGCCUGGGCGUGCUUCCGCCUCGAUCGCUUGCAGCCUGGUAUCCGCAUGGUGCAUCUUUACGAUGCGAAUGGCGUGGUGACCAAGGGUGUGCUGCUGGUUAGGAUUCGGAAGACGUUGUUCCCGAUAGGCCGACAGCUUGUGCGCGGAAGGCUGCUUUCGGAGGAAAAGGGCCGGCUGGGCAGGUAUGGCAGUCAGCGGCGGCAGUGGAGGAGCGAGGUUGCGUUGCUCUGA